AUGCCUACAGAAGACUACGACGCCCGGGCGCUCGCCCUGCCCCUCGAAGACGAGGCCACCGGCGAAACACCCAUCUGGUCUCGCCGCUCGCAGUCGUUCGCCCGGAGCUCGCAGUCCAGCCGGCCCCAGACCUUCAUACAGCGCGCUACGUCCACUGCCCACAUGCUACACCGACGCGCCUUGGCGCAGUACAACAAACUCUCCCUCAUCCAGAAGCUCCUCUUCACCGUGGGCGGCAUCUUCAUCUUCAUCACCAGCAUCCUGUUCCUCGUGUACAACGAGAAGAUCUUCGGCGCCCUGCUGCCGUAUGCAAAGAGGUGGAGAGACGUCACUGCCGGCUGGCUGGUGCUGUGGGCCCUGAUCUUCACUGUGUCCUUCCCGCCACUGAUCGGAUACUCGUCCCUGCUCACGAUCGCGGGCUUCGUCUACGGGUUUCCCAAUGGAUGGUUCAUAGCAGCCAGCGCCACCGUCGCCGGCAGCACCGCCUCCUUCCUGCUCUCGCGCACCCUCCUGCGCACCAUGGUGACCCGGCUCAUCGCAAACGACAAGCGCUUCGCCGCCCUCGCCCUGACGCUCAAGCACGACGGCCUCAAGCUCCUCGUCAUGAUCCGCAUGUGUCCGCUCCCGUACUCGCUCUCCAACGGCGCCGUCGCAACCUUCCCCACCGUCCACUGGGCCUCGUACGCCCUCGCAACGGCCAUCGUAAGUCCGAAACUGAUGCUGCACAUCUUCAUCGGCAGCCAGCUGGAGAAGAUUGCCGAGAGCGGUGGCAAGAUGGACGCGCGCACAAAGGCCAUCUCCUACCUCUCCAUAGCCAUCGGCGCCGUCGCUGGCCUGGCCACGGGCUGGUUCAUGUACAAGAAGACCAAGGAGCGCGCGGCGGAACUGGAAGAAGAGGAGAGGCAGGGCGUGAGGCGGGCGAGCCUCGACGGCCUGGAGAACGAGUACGCAGAUGACCCGAGUGCGCUGGAAGCUGCUGAGCAUCUGCGCGAGGUCGACGACGACAUCAGCCUGAGGGGCGGCUGGGACGACGAGUACACCGACGAGCCCGAGGAGGACGCGGCGGACAUGGGCGACGACCCAUUCAAGGACGGCGACGCCACAGACGAGGAGGAGACGCGGGGGCGGAAGUAG